GGCUCUUAUGAAUGGCCGAUUGAGACUCAAGGCUAUAUUGUUGGAGCUACCUUCUUAGGGGGCAUGCUUUCCACUCUACCCAGCGGACUAGCAAUUGACCGAUACAGCAUCAGGCACCUUUUGCUGGUUUCCGUACUUUUACUUUCUUCUGCUAGUGUUCUCAUGCCUUUAUCCGCCGAAUUAAUAGGACCAUAUGGAGCUAUGGCAUUAAGAUUUGUAAUGGGAGUUGGAGAGGGUGUGAUGAUUCCGGGCAUAAAUGGUAUGCUUACUGGAUGGAUCCCAUCGCAUGAGAAGAGCACUGCCGCAUCCUUGUUUACAUCAGGCAAUCAAUUAGCUGGGAUUAUUGGCAAUCCUGUAGCUGCAGAGUUUUGUGCCAGCAAGCUACGGUGGCCUGCUGUCUUCUAUAGUUCAGGGAUCCUGGGAUUCUUUUGGUGCAUUGUAUGGCAAUUCACUGUGAACAACUCACCAGCUAAUUCCAAAUGGAUUAGCGAUCACGAAGUGACGUAUCUCCAACAUCAUCUUCCUGAGAAACAGACGAAACGCCAAAAAAAGGUUAUUCCUUGGAGGUCAAUGAUGAGGUCUGCUCCAUUGAUUGUCGUAUUCUAUUCAAGCAUAAUUUGCAACAUGAUGAUUGCCAUGAUUCUCGUUUACAUUCCAGUCUAUUUCAAAGAUGUUCUCAUGCUAGAAGUGAAACAGAACGGUUUCUACACAGCGCUUCCACAUACCUUUAACCUGAUCUCAAAACUUGUUUGGGGACCACUGAUGGAUUAUCUCAAACAAAAGAAAUUGCUUACUGCCACACAAACCGUCAAGCUUUCUCAAGUUACAUGUGACGUACAGGCUUGGAAUUCUCCUGUGGAACAACGGAUUGAUCCAGUCGAUGCGGACAAUAAGCCUCUAGUCCUCUACAAAGAGAAGACGGCUGCGCCUACUUUGUAG